AUGCCAACCACCACAUCCGCACCCGACAAAUCGAGACAAACCUCGGCUGGCAAAGGAUUCUUCGGGAGGAAGCUGCACAAGGAGAGGCCGGCAGAGGAUCGGUAUGAGGGAUAUGGAGGGUCGGAGAAUCUCGCGCCCCCAGGAAGCGCUGCUGGAUCUCGUUCGUCCCGGCACUCGAAACGAUCGUCCGUCCAAUCUGUGGAUUACACCCACGACUUCGAUCCAAGCGGACUCUCGAUGACCGCAGGUGUCAUAACAUCCAUUCCCUUUGAGAGCCUUCCCGCCGAUACCAGGUCCCCGAUUCCGGUAGAUUAUCUGUCCAGGGCGGAGACAUCGCCGCGAAAGGAGCCGUCGCCAAAUCAUCUUGCCAAGGGGGGCGGGGAUUAUCAUCAAUAUCCAGCAUGGAACCCGUCGGGACUACGAGAAAGCAACGCCUUUUCCCAUCCUACAGGGCCCCGUCCCCCGCCGCAUGCGUCCAAUAUGGCUAUGGUCGGGAGUACUGCUGGAGACAAAAGCGCGAGGUAUCAGCAGUGGGCAAGACCAGGCAGUUCGGCGACCAAUGCUGGGUUCAGUCAUAAUUCUUCCUCCACCAUGGAUUCAUCAUCGACGUCGCGGAUGUCCCUUGAUCAGACCAGCAUCCAUUCGUCUCUCUCUUCCAACACAAGGGGCUCGAGUUAUAUCUCGUCGGACGGCUCAGCACGGACGCUCACAACAUCGCAUUCGGCUGAUCGUGGUACUCUCUUUCCAAGCAGCGGCAACUCCAAUCGACUCUCCACUGCACAAGCAGCAUGGCAAGCUGCUCAGCAGGCUACGCCUCCUGCUGCACCGCCCCUCAAUCCUGAACAAUAUCUCACGCGACCCAGGGAUGAUCGCAUAGUGGACCAACUGUUCCUUGACCUGAUGCAAAAGCGAGGCUGGCAAAACCUUCCAGAGCAGGCCAAGCGGCAGAUGCUGGCGUAUCCCGCAUCCAAGAAAUGGACACUAGUACAUCAGGACCGCUUGACGGAACUACAGGGUGAACAGAAACGGAGGCAGAAUGCACGUCAAACUCACGGCCAUGACGGCCCAGCCGGCAUUCUCGAGCGGGCCGACGAAGAAGGAAGCCCGGAGUGGUAUGUGAAGAAAGUCAUGGACGACACCAUCACGUCAAAGCAAUUGGCCAGCUUGAGUGUCAGUCUGCGAACGCAACCGAUCAGUUGGGUCAAAGCCUUUGUCGAAGCACAAGGUCAGAUCGCUUUGACCAAUGUUCUCUCCAAGAUCAACCGCAGGAAAGCUUCGGGCCCUGUACCCGCACCACCGACAGGCGACCGGGACUUGGAUCGAGAGUACGAUAUCGUCAAGUGUCUUAAGGCCCUCAUGAACAACAAAUAUGGUGCGGACGACGCAAUCAAUCAUCAGCAGGUCAUUGUCGCUCUUAUCAGCUCGCUACUGUCUCCGCGGCUGAACACAAGGAAAUUGGUCAGUGAGGUCCUGACCUUCCUAUGUCACUGGGCGGAAGGGGAGGGCCACCAAAAGGUCUUGCAGGCUAUGGAUCAUGUUAAGAAUCAGCACGGUGAAACUGGCCGCUUUGACGCCUGGAUGCGAAUCGUGGAGGUGACGAUCGACGGCCGGGGCAAAAUGGGCAGUUUAGUCGGUGCUAGUGAGGAGUAUCGCAGCGGUGGCAUUGGCAUGGAGAAUCUACUCAUGGAAUAUGCGGUCUCAACCAUGAUGCUCAUCAACAUGUUGGUGGAUGCGCCGGAAAAUGACCUGCAAUUGCGAUGCCACAUCCGAGCCCAGUUCAUCUCCUGUGGCAUCAAGCGUCUCUUGACGAAGAUGGAAGGUUUUCAAUACGAGGUCAUCGAUAAGCAGAUCGAGCGGUUCAGGGAAAAUGAGGCCAUUGACUACGAAGAUCUCCUUCAGCGGGAGAGUAGCAGUAUGAAGGAUAGCAUCGAGGGUGAGGUGAAGGACAUGAGCGAUCCCCUGCAAAUCACAGAUGCCAUUCUGUCCAAACUCAAUGGGUCUCGUGCCCAUGAUUACUUCCUUUCCGCUAUGCAGCACAUGCUUCUCAUACGGGAGAACUCUGGGGAGGACGGUCUUCGAAUGUUUCAGCUUGUCGAUGCCAUGCUCAGCUACGUUGCCAUGGACCGGAGACUACCUGAUCUGGAUCUACGGCAAGGAUUGACUUUUACCGUACAAAGUCUUCUGGACAGGCUCCAUACCGAUGCAGAGGCAAGGCGAGCAUAUGAUGAGUCCCUUGAGGCGCGUCAGAUCGCCGAGGCCGCAAUCGCUGAACGGGACGAGAUGAAGGCGCAGGUGGAGAUGGGAGCGGAUGGUUUGGUGAAGAAGCUGCAGAAGCAGAUCGAUGAACAAACGAGCAUCAUUGAGCUCCAGACUAGACAAAACGAGGCACUCAAGGCAGAGCUUGCCGACGUUCAGCGGCUGCGUGCUCAGGAGCUGCAGCGGAAUGAACUGGAAACCAGAGAGCUCUAUCUAAUGCUCCGGGACGCUCAGGAUAUCGCUGCAUCGAAUGCCAAGAAGAAUAAUCUGGGCGAGACCGAUCCAUCGCACAUGAGGGGUAUCCUGGACCGGGAAAGACUGUUGGAGCGGUUGGAGAAACAACUUGAGCGGACCAAGACGCAGUUCAAGCUGGAGGGCAAAGUCUGGGGUCAACAUGGACCUUCCGACCGACUGCGUGAGCUACGGGAGCAGAUGGACGGCGAACCCGACCCCGAGGACUUCCAGGAGCAAGCCCGUCGAAACUUGGACACUAGCGCUCUGGGUUCUGUUCAUCGCAAGAGAAGCCAUGUUCCGGAGAUGGAGGUUCCCAACGCUCAAGAGAGGCCAUCGGACAAGGACGGGACACUUCUCGUCAACUUUGGACGACCGCGAAUGGAUCCGAAACAAGCGUCUGGUUUGCUGGGAGAGAUUGCUUCUAAAGUUCCAAAGAUCGACGCUGAAGAUGUCGAAGCUGACGAGGGUGUUACUCAACCAUCUCAACCCGACACCGAAGAAGCCCAGAUCGGCCAAGAUGAAGAAGUCAAGCUCGAGGGCGAGAGCGAAAGGCCCGAAGAGAAAACUGUAUCCGUGCCUGCACCUCCUCCUCCUCCUCCUCCUCCAGGUGGUGCG